AUGUUCACCGAUUUUGUCAUCCUCAGAAUGACUAUUGGUUGUUUGGCGACUGUCUUUGGGAUACCUGGUAACCUGGUAAUUGUAGGCGUCUUUACGCGUCAGGGUAUCAAAAAUGCCACAGAUAUCACCUUCAUCGCCCUUGCCGUCGUCGACCUCAUCGCCAGUAUCAUCAGCGGGAUGAAGAUCGUCAUGGUGUUUUACCACGAUGAGCAUCCAUGGGCGUGCUUCAUCGAAGUCGUUGCAGCGAGAUCUGCGCUCUAUGCUGGACUGUUUCUCACAAUCUGGAUUGCCGUGUAUAGGUAUCAAGCAGUGUGUAGGCCUUUCAAUAAGCGAAUUGGAAGGCGAUCUGCUACCUUGAUCGCCAUUGGGUGUGCCGUAGUCGCUUUCGUGCUCCAUAUCCCAUUCUUUUUCAUCACCACCUCAGUCAAACUCGGCAGUGAGUACGGAUGCAAUGUCUACGGCAACACUCCCUGGGGCCGGGAUGUUUACGCCAAAACACAGGCCAUUGUAUUUUGUGUUUCUGCAUUGGCCAUUUCAGUCUUGUACGUUCGGAUCUACAACUUCAUACGUGCUCAUCAGAUAAUUCGUCAGAAACUGACGAUCGGAUCUGCCUUCGUUGGUCGAGAUCUAGCUAAAACUGUGAAUGACAAGACACUGCCAACACCAUCAGCGAUUCCCAGCGUGUCAGCUACUUGUGCAACUGUCGCGAGUACAUCAGAACCUGAUGACACCAACAGGCAGAUGACGGCCCAUUAUUCUUUGUCAUACAAUAACGAACUAGGAUCUGACAUUUGUGAUAGCCAACAAAAGCCCGUUGUGAAAACGAUGUCAAAUGCUGAAGAUGCUGUCGAGUUAAGAAUACUCAAGAAAUCUGCGUCAAAUAUUAACAUUAAUACAGAAUCGAGAAAUGACCAGACUUCCUUUCAAGAAAAUGAAUCCGUACCUGCAAUCUCAAAUACGAAAAGACUUUUUGCCAUCAGCAAGAAGAAAAGCCAAACAUUGACGACUGACACGAAGUCAAUCAAAGACACUGGAAAAGCUCCACAUCACCCUACCAAUGAUAAAACGAAACCAUCAUCGAGCAAGCUUCAGAACACCCAAUCCGACCAUAAGACCACUAAGGUCGUCAUCAUCAUUACUGUCAUAUUCUUCAUCCUCUGGCUACCUAAUAUCAUCAUCGACCAGGUUCCUUUUCAUCAGCUCAACAGAGUGAAAGCAGUCAUCAUCUACACCUUCUAUCAAAUCAAAUAUAUCAGCCAUAUCACCAAUGUGUUUGUAUAUUCAUUCACCUACCGGCGAUUUAGGCAGACGUGCUGCAAAAUCUUUCACAGUCAGUAG